AUGGUAGAAUCCGCGCUUGGUGAUGAAGACUGGGUUUCUAAUGCUAGUUCUGAAAAUGAUCAAGAUGAGUUGAUGGAUGAUGCAGAAAUCGGUGAAGGUGAUGACGAUGAUGAAGAUAUUGGAGAUGAUGACGAUGGUGAAGGUGAAGGUGAAGGUGCAGAUGAUGAAGAUCUCAUGGACCAGCCACCAUCAUUAACUCCAACCAUAAGGGAAGAUAAUCCAGCCGCUAGCUCCGAAGAUAAAACCGGAGUUACUGUCAAUAAUGUGAACUCUAGGGAAAACAGCAUUGCUACAAGAACACAAUCCCCCUCAACCCAGCAAGCUACUUUAUCCUUUCAAUCUACCAGGUUGAAAUUUGAUCCUCGCCCGGAAGCUCUAACAGCAUUGCUAUAUGACAUUGUGCCAACUAUAGCAGCGCCUCAAAGUACAUCUAUCAAUGCGAUUGCUGCAACCCCAGAUAUGAGGUAUUGGUUCAGCGGUGGAUCAGAUUGUUACAUUCGAAAAUACGAUGGUAUAGCAUCGAUUAAUGGCAAAUCAUUGUUGACAGUUGCCCAGAGACAUCCCUUUGUAGAUAGCGUUACGAAGGCUGGAGUUUUGAUGAACUACUGGGAUAAUGAAGAGCCAAUAGCGAAACUGUCUGGGGAAGACCCUCCACUAUCACCAGUAUACUCCCUUGCAGCUCAGUCUGAAGCACUUUGGGUAUUAUCGGGUCUUGAUUCUGGUGCCAUUAAUCUCUAUUCUGUGCGUCACGACGAGGGAAAGAGGAUAGCCUACCUACAGCAACACAAGUCCGCAGUAUCUGCUUUGACUAUAUCUCAAGACGAAAAGUCAGUGCUCUCAGGAAGCUGGGAUAAAAACGUACUUGAUUGGGAUUUAAAUACUGGACGAGCCAAAAGAUCUUUUGAAGGAAGUGGUGGGCAAAUAUCAGCAAUCGAGAUCCGGCCCAUCUCCAGCGUGACUGAGCCUAUUCCUGAAGAAGCUGAAGAACCGAAUAGAUUAAGUGAAACUUACUCGAGUAAUAUCGACUUAAAAGUUUUAGCGGAUGAUUUUCCAAAGUGCCCAAGUAGUACUGCGCUUGGAGGAUAUACGAAUGAAGAUAUCCUUGACUCACGAACCGACUCUCUCUUUGGAGGAAGCGAUACAAACUCAUUGUUUGGGGAAACGACUGGAGAUGCUGCCAUUUCUACAGAUACAAGUAAGAACGAUGAAGAGAUGGUCUCUAUGGCGAUCGAUAUUGAAACGGAAAAACACGAGCUUUUAAAUGUUCAAGAUAAAGAACGAAUUGAAGAAGAGAAUCCAAUGACUGAUGUUAAACCUCUGGUCGAAGAACCAAACACACAACAAAAUUUUCGCACAGACCAGUCUUCUAAUGGCUUUGCCGAAGCUUACGAACUUGAACAACAGCCCCAGACCAAAGCUACUGGUUUAUUAGAUAGAAAGCCGUUAGCCGAAUCAACUUUUCUUGCCGCAUCAAUUGAUGGUACGCUCAGAUUAUGGGAUAAAAGACAACAAAAUCCAGUAGCAUUUAUUCCUAAUAGAAUAGGGGUGCCUCCAUGGUGUAUGGCGGCUUGUUGGUCUCCUGAUGGAAAUCUAAUCUAUGCUGGGCGUAGAAAUGGCACUGUUGAGGAAUUUAGUAUUCACAAGGGAUUAAAAACCGCCGAAAGAACUUUUAAAUUCCCUUUGGGUAGUGGAGCGGUAAGUGCCCUGAGAGCCAUGCCCAAUGGAAGACACUUGAUAUGCGCCUCACAUGAUAUUCUUCGGCUUUAUGACCUGAAAGAACCUCAAGCAUUCAAGCAUUCAACUGUUCCUUUUUUGAUUGUUCCUGGUCCUCCGCGAGCAGGCGUAAUUUCCGCACUACACAUCGACCCGACCUGUCGAUACAUGAUUUCCUCCGCAGGGAACCGAGGCUGGGAAGGUAGUACGACUGAAGUCUUGAUUGGAUACGAAAUUGGGAUCCCAUCGUGA